CUUCUCCCACUCUGGCCCUUAAGUCUCGCGAUAGUUGCGUAUCUCACCCUCUUUCGCUCCCUGCGUUCAUCAUGGCGGUCGGUAAGAACAAGAGACUCACCAAAGGAGGCAAAAAAGGGGCCAAGAAGAAGAUUGUUGAUCCCUUCUCCAAAAAGGACUGGUAUGAUGUCAAAGCACCGGCCAUGUUCAACAUCCGCAACCUGGGCAAGACUUUGGUCACUAGGACUCAGGGAACCAGAAUUGCGUCUGAUGGUCUGAAAGGCCGUGUGUUCGAGGUGAGCCUUGCUGAUUUGCAGAACGAUGAGGUUGCCUUCCGCAAGUUCAAGCUGAUCACUGAGGACGUGCAGGGGAAGAACUGCCUGACCAACUUCCAUGGGAUGGACCUGACCCGCGACAAGAUGUGCUCCAUGGUCAAGAAGUGGCAGACUAUGAUUGAGGCUCAUGUGGAUGUGAAGACCACUGACGGUUACCUGUUGCGUCUGUUCUGCGUUGGCUUCACCAAGAAGCGCACCAAUCAGAUUAGGAAGACCUCGUACGCUCAGCACCAGCAGGUCCGCCAGAUCCGUAAGAAGAUGAUGGAAAUCAUGACCCGUGAGGUCCAGACCAAUGACUUGAAGGAGGUGGUCAACAAACUGAUCCCUGACAGUAUUGGAAAGGACAUUGAGAAGGCCUGCCAGUCCAUCUAUCCCCUGCAUGACGUCUACGUCAGGAAAGUAAAGAUGCUGAAGAAACCCAAGUUUGAGUUGGGUAAGCUGAUGGAGCUGCACGGUGAGGGAGGCACCAGCUCCGCUAAGCCAGCAGAGGGCGACACUGGGGCCAAGGUGGAGAGAGCUGAUGGAUACGAGCCCCCCAUUCAGGAGAGUGUUUAAAACUCCUGCGCACAUGCAGAGUCAAUAAAAUGUGUAAAUUUGA